AUGGAUUUUUCUCUCUACCUCCUGAUUUUUCUCUCUCUCCUAUCUCAGUGCACAGCUCAGUGGUGUUACCAGAGCCAGUACUCCUGUGAUGACACAUGCAGAGACCCGAGCCGCUGGGCAGCUCAGUUUCCCAGCUGUGGAGGAUUACGCCAAUCCCCAAUUAACAUAGUCACCAGCAAAGUGCACGUCAACACCGCCCUGCCACCCUUCGACUUCAUUGGUCACACCAACAGAAUCAACAUUACAGUGGAAAACAAAGGACACUCUGCUCACUUUGCUCUGCCGCAGUCAGUCCGACUAACCGGAGGAGCUCUGCCGGGUCACUACAGAGCUGCCCAGUUUCACUUUCACUGGGGAGGGAACGGGAGACCAGGAUCAGAGCACACCAUCGAUGGAGAGAGAUUCCCAAUGGAGCUGCAUAUAGUCCACAUCAAGGAACCGUACGGCUCUCUGGCAGAGGCAGAACAUGAUAUGGCGGGUAUAGCUCUGCUCGCCUUCCUGUUUGAGGAAACGCCAGACGAUCAUCCUCACUUAGACACAGUAAUAGCUGCUUUGGGCCAAGUACAGAACAAUGGCAGCGCCACAGUGAUUUCAAACUUUCGACUCAGUGACAUCAUCCCAGCCGCCAAGGACCUCCACAGUUACUACCGCUAUGUGGGCUCCAUGACGACACCAGGAUGUGAACAGGCAGUUGCCUGGACGGUGUUUCACAAGACUCUCUCCAUCAGCAGUCAACAGCUGGAUGCAAUCGCUCAGAAGUGUCGAUUUUGGACGGGGCAGCCGAUGACCGACAUCUUCAGACCUACUCAGCCUCUGGACGGCAGAAUUGUUUACCGGUCCGAGGCGAGCUCAGCUCUGACGAGUGCGAUUCAACUGUGGUUUGUUGUUUUUUCAGUUGUGCUUGGGACAACGGGUCUUAUACACUGA